UACUCCUGCUGAAUUGCUAGUUGUACAAGUCAAGUUACGGGGCGCUGUCCUAUUCUUGCCGUGUGGGGCUCCCGUCGUGUUUGUGCGCCACAUCCCACCGCCCUUUUCCACAAAUUUCUUCUCCGUCAGCUCCACCAUGGUCGUAACGCAUGUGGAGGGUAGAAGUUAUCUCCCCGCAGAGGUCAGGAAUGGCCUUGAGACCCUGAAGCGGAGGAGGCUCGAGAGGAUGCGUCUUAGCGCUCAGAAUGAAGUGGGCGACAAUCCUGCGGUGGCUGCUAGAAGCGGCGGGGAUGCCUUGCGGAGCCCCGUAAACUGUGGGGUCAGAUUGCAUUCAAACAAUGGAACAGGUGUAUCUGGAAAUGUCCAGGACAAGGAUCCUUUUGCAAAGCGCAAGGUGGAGAAGUUUGAUAUGUCCAACCUUGAAUGGAUCAACAAGAUACCAGAGUGCCCUGUGUAUUCUCCCACCAGGGAAGAGUUUGAGGAUCCCAUUGCUUAUAUACAGAAGAUUUCACCUGAGGCUGCAAAAUAUGGUAUUUGCAAAAUCGUGGCUCCAGUAAGUGCUUCUGUUCCUGCUGGUGUUGUGCUGAUGAAGGAACAGCCCAAUUUUAAGUUCAUGACUAGGGUUCAGCCCCUUCGUCUAGCUGAAUGGGCUGAAGAUGAUACAGUCACUUUCUUCAUGAGUGGAAGAAAGUACACAUUCAGAGACUAUGAGAGAAUGGCCAACAAAGUGUUCUCUAAGAAAUAUUCCAGCGCUAGUUGUCUCCCAGCUAGGUAUGUGGAGGAGGAAUUCUGGCGUGAAAUUGCUUUUGGCAAAAUGGAUUUCGUAGAAUAUGCUUGUGAUGUUGAUGGGAGUGCCUUCUCUUCUUCUCCUCAUGAUCAACUUGGGAAAAGCAAUUGGAACCUCAAGAAUUUUUCACGGCUCCCCAAUUCUGUUCUGAGACUCCUUCAGAUGCCAAUUCCAGGAGUAACAGAUCCAAUGCUUUAUAUUGGGAUGCUUUUCAGCAUGUUUGCAUGGCAUGUGGAAGACCAUUAUUUGUACAGCAUCAAUUACCAUCACUGUGGGGCAUUUAAAACGUGGUACGGGAUACCAGGCGAUGCGGCCCCUGGGUUUGAAAGGGUUGCUAGCCAGUAUGUAUAUAACAAGGACAUUUUGAUUGGUGAUGGGGAGGAUGCAGCAUUUGAUGUUCUACUGGGGAAGACAACAAUGUUCCCUCCUAAUGUCUUACUAGAUCACAAUGUUCCUGUAUAUAGGGCUGUACAAAGACCUGGGGAGUUUGUUAUUACUUUCCCUCGUUCUUACCACGCGGGCUUUAGCCAUGGUUUUAAUUGUGGAGAGGCUGUUAAUUUUGCUAUUGGUGAUUGGUUUCCUUUGGGUUCUCUGGCUAGCAAGCGCUACGCACUUUUGAACAGAACUCCAUUGCUUGCACAUGAGGAGCUACUCUGUCGUUCUGCUGUGCUUCUGUCCCAAAAGCUGUUGACUUGUGAUCCAGAAUUCUUGGAUAAGUCAGAACAUCCAUAUUCCCAAUAUUGUGUGAAAUCCUGCUUCGUGCGGUUGAUGCGAUUCCAGCGACGUGCACGUGGCCUACUUGCUAAAAUGGGCUCUCAAAUAUGCUAUAAGCCAAAAACUUUUCCAAAUCUGUCCUGUAGCAUGUGCCGGCGUGAUUGCUACAUCACACACGUGUUGUGUGGAUGUAACUUUGAUCCUGUCUGCCUACAUCACGAACAAGAAGUCCGGAGCUGCCCUUGUAAGUCCAACCGUGUUGUCUAUGUUAGAGAGGACAUACUGGAGCUAGAGGCUCUAUCAAGAAAAUUUGAGCAGGAUAUUUCCUUGUACAAGGAAAGGCUUUGCAUUGGCUCAUCUAAGGAGGCUGAGAUAUCUGAUUUAAAUGUUGAGCGUGUCCCAAAUUUUGGGACUACGCCGGAUUUUAGCAACAAUAAAACUGGCAUUUCAGGCUUUGUUACAGCUGAUGAUGGAAAGAGUUGUCCUGCAGUAUCAAUUUUGACAUCUCCUGCGCAUCAUGAGACGCCCAGAUUUUCAGAAGCAAGGGCAAUAAACACAUCAGUGACCGAAGUAACUUAUGCUAUGGAUGAGAUUUCAUCUGGCAUGGAUGAUGCUUGUAAUGGACUGGGUUCAUGUAAUGCUUCAGCCAUGGAAUGCAGUGAUAAUUCUGAUUCUGAAUCUGAAAUUUUCCGAGUCAAGCGCAGGUCCACCUCAUCUGAUAAACCUACUUCUGACGCAAAGAUAUCAAACUUAUCUGAACAGCAGGUUCUGAGGCGGCUGAAGAAGGUGCAUCCUGAAGUACAACGGGCCAGUAAGCGCCUAGAAGAACCUGAUACUUGUUCAGUGCGUUCUGUCCGUAUGAGCCAGAAGAGCUCAAAUCCUGCCUCUUCUGAUGAUGAAAGAGAGGACAUGGUUCCCAUUUCUUGGAGGAUAAAGCGGCGGCAGUUGGAAACUCAGCAUAAUGAUGCAAGUCAUGGUGCGAAACCACAGUCAUGUCCGCCUUCCAGCAGUUCUCGAGAAGAGUUUGCAGAAAGAACUAGAGAUGCCACGGCAGAGCUCCGUCCAAAACGAGUGAAAAUCCGGCUACCUUCUAGUGCCAGUAGACAGCUUGAGCAGCAGCGCAGUUCCGGGCAGAGAUUUGCAAGGGAUGACAAGUUGUCGCUUGGUUGUCCAUGGACAUUCUAGGGCAAUUGCAGGUGCUAACCUCUACUAAGCAGACGAAUUCUUUGUUUAGGUGCAUUUUAACUACACACGAGGUGACAGAAGAGAGGACUGGAUGGAUCAGGUGGUGGAUGGUGGCGAGGCUGAUUUGAUUAGCACAGGUGCAGACUGACUUUAGAAUUUGGCAGCAAAGGAAGUGGCUGGCUAAUCGAUUCUUUUGUGCAGCAGGGCCUCCAAUUUGAGGCCUCUGGGAGCACGCUUAGAAGACACACACGUGAUAAUAUUCUUGUUGCUGGAGGUUCUCGGUCACUGCCGCUGGCUCUUUGAUGCCUGCCUGUCGGUGCCAGAAAUUUAAGAGAACCUCGCUACUUUGAUUUCUCUUCUCUGCAAGUGUUUAGAGCAUUUAGCUAGCUGUAGCUGUAUAUCUGUCUGUCUCAUUGUACCUACGGCCUUUUCCUUUUGUAAUUUCUUGUAAACAAGCUUAGCUGCUACACUAUGGCUAACUGUAUUCUUUUGUUGCUUCAACCAGCUGCUGCUUAACAUUCAAUUCAAUAGCGAUUCAUCUUUUCGAA